UUGUCGAGGAACGACGAUAUUUUGAUGCAUUUACAAAUUUGAAAAUGAAAAGUACUAAUUCUUUCGCAAUGCUUCAACGUAUUAUAAUGGUUUUGGUCCUGCUUUUCCUUGCACGGGCCAACGGGCGUGAAAAGUGUCAAGAAGAUGCUGAAUGCUCAUUCGGUACUUCAUGCACUUUCGGAUUUUGCGAAGGAGACGAUUGCGUUAAGUGCAAGUUAUUCCGACGAGAAGAAUCUGCUAACGGUUGCAUCAAAGAAAUAAAAAACUGUGGCCCCUGUCUUUCGGGAACGGAAGCAGAAGAUCUAGUAGGAGGGGGCAAAUCAAUUUAUUGCAAACCAAUUGGCAAUUUGUCGACUCCUGUAAUCGAAACUUUUGUCAACUACUGGGUGAUAACGGCAAUCACCAACAUUGUGAUUGUGGCCGCGGCUGGGGGCGCCAUUUGGAAAAGAAAACAUCUUCGAGAUUUUUUUCGCCGUCAAAAGUCUACCAACAGUAACGACAACCCUCCUCCCUUCAAUCCCAAUUUUAAUCAGACAACCGGAUUUCCGGAAGCGAUAAAUCACGUUGUUGGGUCGUCUACCGCCCCUGAUUACUUGUCAGAUGGGGAAUCAGACGAUUCUACUGGUCCAUCAUCACCUUCAAAUCGGCUUUUGCCCCUAGGAGAAACAGUAAACAUCAGCAACGCUAAUCCAGGGAUUUAUCAAGGUGUUGAAAUUGAUCUUUCUGAAUUCCGGAGAAGUGAAAGCAGUAUCAGUAUUGAAGGUUCGCCAGGAGCGCAGUUUUCUUCCAUUAGCAUUGAUUCAUGUAACGAAGAUGAAGGCAAUGUUGGUUUCUCAGUCGUCGUAAAAUCUGUUGGUCCGUCGAAUUGCAAUAGCAAGAAUCCAUAAUUAUCAUACCAGCAAGUGGGGAUUACAUUUGAUUAAAUCGUCGAAUUUUAUUUAAUCUUUACAUCGA